AUUUCUUCCGAAAUUUUCUAGUUUUAUUAUGCUUUCCCACACAAUAUCCAAAAAAGUCUUCAAAUAAAAUUGAAUCUAAAUUCCCUCAAGGUGCAGUAAUUUUGGUCAGACACAUAUUAAAGGGAGUCAAAAUGGAGUCAAAUUGGCCAACAAGUCAGUGUGAACAUCAAACUUAAAUACUAAAAUAGAAACUAGAAUUUGGCUCAAAGGGACACAAUUUAAACCACAAACUUAAAAGUGACUCAGCUGAAUGUUUAUACAUUUAGACUGAACUCUCCUGUGAGGUGAUGAGCAUGAACUGUUUCCAUCUACAGCAUGAGUCAGCCUUAAUCUGAAAUUAACAGAGAGCGGCCUACAGACCUGAGCUGUUGCCUCAUGAUUCCUGAUCAGUGAUGAAUUUCACAUCAGAAGCUGCUCCUGGCUGGUCUGGACAUGCGCAGAGGCCUCUCUCACGCUGACUGAGAGGGCAGGAGGGUCCCAGGAAGCUGAGGGGACAUGUCUCAGGUUCCCAAUUUUCAGUGUGUGUGUGUGUGUGUGUGUGUGUGUGUGAGUCGUCACAGGGUGUAUCCAGCAUGGGAUAAAAUUAGGCCGGGGCAGCCUUAUACUGCUGACAGAGCUGUGAAGGCCAAAAAAAGCCUGGGGUGCAAGCCAACGGUGGAAGCUCAAGGAAGAGAGGGGAGCAAGCAGGACUGCCGCCGAAAUGGCCUCCAAACUCAUGGAUCUGGUGUAUUGGAGGAACAUGCGGUGGACCGGUGUGGUAUUUACCGGGCUGGUGAUGUGCCUGGCCAGCCUCUUCCAGCUGAGCGCCAUCACUGUGCUCUCACACGUGUGCUUGGGCAUCAUGUGCAUCACCGCCACGCUCCGUCUUUACUAUAAACUACUGGAAGUGCUGCGCUGGAACCCUGGCGUUCACCCCUUUCAGUCGUAUUUGGAUUACGACAGCUCUCUGACCGAUAAGGAGACGGUGAUGCUGGUCGAAGAGGUGGUGCUGCUGGUUGCCUUUGCCGUCACAGAGAUUAAACGCCUUCUCUUCAUCGAGAACGUGAUAGACUCUAUUAAGUUUUUGUUGCUCCUCUAUCUGCUGACGUAUGUGGGCAUCGCCACCAAUGGACUGACUCUGAUCAUAGCUGCUGUGAUUGCGAUUUUCUCCCUUCCUCUGUUAUACAAAAAACAACAGGUCCGGAUAAGGAAGGUUGUCAGAGCGCUCAGAGCGUUUGUGAAGAAAAUCAGAAAUCUGUUUGACAGUUUGUAUGAGAUGGUGAGACCCUCUUCUGCCCCUGCCUCCAAACCUGCACCCCCAGCUGCUCCCGCCAUCAAACAGAAACCCAAGUCGAAGUAACCUUUUGGUUGCACACUGAAGGAAUUUGGGAUUUAGAAAACGUUUGUGCUCUGUGGGGCCGCCGGUGGGGCUGCUCAUUUCCAUCUCUCCACUGUGAUUGUUUAUGGGAGCAAGAUUUAAUUGAUGCCGACAGCAGAAACAAAGCUGCCAUUCACACACAGAGAGGGACGGGCAGAGGAUGAAGUGGGAAAUGUUAUUUACUGAGAUGCUCUCUGUGGGCAACUUUAAUGUUACCAGUUUGCACGGUCCUUUUCUACAAAUGGUGACAACAUAUACCUUCAUAUACAUAUAUACAUAUAUACAAGUUACUUAUUAUCAAGCACUAAAUUUACGUUUAAACAACUUUGGAAACGUUUAAUAAAAAAGGAAACUAAUCACACUUUGCUUAGUUAGCAAACUUAUUGUAAUCAGGCUCUUUUUUCUUGCUUUCAUAAGUUUUUAUAUUAAGGGUUAAUGUAAAGCAAUGAUUUUCAGUUAAAGCACUAAAUCCGAGGGAUCAGAUUAAUUAAUUUUGUUUAGAAAAGUGAACUUUAUCACUUCUGCUAUAACUUGUAGUUCAACGUUUGAACACCAGGAGGCAGUGCUGAAAACAAUGCAGAUCAAUAUAAGUACUAGCUCUGACUUACCGGAUAAUUACGUGAGCAACAACAACAAACAAAACUGCCUGUCGAGAACAUCUCAGUAAACAAACAAAUCCACUUACACAAGACUUUACAUUUUAUAUAAUUCUAAUUCCUGGUGCAAGAUCACUUCAUGUGAAUAUAUUUAUACUUCUAAUGAGGUUGAUUCCAUGAAUAACCCACAGAAACCUUCCAGAAGAAGGACUAAAAUUGUUUAAGGUUUUUUUUUUUAAGAAACAACAAUGCUGCUUUAGUGAGCUGCACUCAUACGUUCUGAUCUCGACCAUCCGGAUUUGUGGCGCCCCACUGGAACCCCACAGAUCCGGCUGGAUACCAUCUUGGGUCUCAAAACGCUAAAGUCUUGAACUGUUUCACAUUUGGCCACGUUACAACCUCAGAUUUCAGCUUAUUUUAUUAGGAUUUUAUGAGACAGACCAACACCAAUUAAUGCAUAAUUGUGAAGUUGAAGGAAAACCAUACAAAGUCUUACAUGAAACCAGUAUUGAGUGGGAAAUGUAAACUCCAUCUCAAGGGUUACGCAUGUUGGUGGCAGCAUAAUGAUGUGGGAGUCGGGGGUGAGAUCUAAAAUGGAUUUGUUCAAAUCACAGCAUAUCCAUGAGUUAGAAUGACUUGUUGAGAAUCUGUGGUAAGACUUGAAAAGCCCUGUUAACAGAUGUUUUUUUGUCCAAUCUGGCUGAGCAAAAAAUGCACAAAAUUUUGUUUCCUUUAUUUUGGAAACUGACAUGAAAUUUGAGUGACAAUUUGUAUUUGUCAACUAUUUUAAAAACGUCCUUCCACUUCAAAAUAAUGCACUAUAGUUUCUACUGAUCUCUAACGUACUGUAAAACACAUCAACUCUUGUGACCUGGAAAUUUUCACCCGUCUAAGGGAUACACUCACUUUUAAAUCUGGUAUAUGUGGGGACUUUUCUUACUGACAGCUAGCUGCCAACACUGAGCCAGUGUGUGGGUGUUUCAGUGCAAUUUCCUCGCCAGAAACCAUCUUUACGCAUAUCAAAUCAAUGUGAAAACGAGGCUGCACUCAAACUGUUGUGUCUUAAUGAGCUUAAAUUACAUACAGUGUGUAGCAUAUAUCUACAUAUAUUCAUAUGUACUGCAUUAACUUGUUUUUUUCUGUCAUCACUUGUGAUGUGGGGAUCUAGAUCUGCAGACAUUUCGGCUCUCGGUGUUUUCACUUGUCUCGUUUUCCCCCUCAGCGCUUUCCAUUCAACCUGCAUUUUCUUUAUUUUGGUGCCAUGGAGUAAAUAGAAAGUUCUGAAAGUCUGUUCGUGUUAAAUUGGUCUAAGUGGCCAUCGGUAUUAAUAAAUGUACAAUUAUAUACUGUAAAACUUAGUCGUGAGUUUAUAACAGUUUAAUCACUGCAGAUGUCAUCACUGAUGUGACUUUUUUGUUUUUGGUUUACAAUAUUUCUAUUGGUACUUACUAUUUGUAUUAUUUCCUAUUGGAAUGUUGCUCCCUAAUAAAAAAGAAAAGUAUUUGCUA